UCAGCGAGAAUUCCACGCUGUAAAUAACAUGGCGACUUGUCUAAAGUUGACGUAGUUGUUCAUACAAUUUAUUUGAACGCUGUUACAUUUUCAAAUUAUGGGAUUGUGUAAGUGUCCGAAACGGAAGGUCACCAACUUGUUCUGCUUUGAACAUAGAGUGAACGUCUGCGAGAACUGCUUAGUGACUAAUCACCAACAGUGUAUAGUGCAGUCGUACCUCCAGUGGCUCCAGGACAGUGACUACAGCCCACUGUGUCCCCUGUGCCAGAAGGACUUGAGCAGUGAGGAGCUGGGCCAGUGUGUCAGACUGGUCUGCUAUGAUGUGUUCCAUUGGGGCUGCAUUAACCAGUACGCCCAGUGUCUCCCUGCCAACACUGCCCCUGCUGGCUACACCUGCCCGACAUGCAGGGUGGGGAUCUUCCCCCCUACCAACAAUGUGUCCCCGGUUGCUGACCAGCUCAGGAACAUGCUCUCCAAGGUCAACUGGGCUCGUGCUGGGCUGGGACUGCCUUUGAUUGAAGAAGCUGAUUUCCCAGCUCCACCUGCAGUGAGCAGUUCUGAUAAUGCUCCACUUAGAGCCGAGGCUGCUCUUACUGCCAGUCCUCCCCUUUCAGUUGGCCCCAACUACUCCCGCCCUAGUGCACAGGUCAGCCCAUACACCAGCACCCCUACUACUGCCUCCGUAGCGGCAGCGUCGGGGCACAGUGUCAUUGGGGUGGAUGCUGGCACAUCAGUAAGGGGACAGGACAGAGGUUCCAGUUACGCAAUUGAUCCACGGAAAUUGUUUGACACAACAAAGGGUGAUGAAAUAUUCAACAUGUCACCUGACCAUGAUGAAGACAAGUACAAAAGGAGAUCUGCUUUCAACUGGAUGGCCCGCUGGUUUAAAUCUGUUGACAAGAAGAAGAAGCAAGACCCUAAUGCUGUCAGGAAACGUUUUUUCCUGGUGCUUGUACUGGGCAUUCUGGGAUUCAUCACCUUCAUCAUCAUCAUGUCCAAGCUGGGCCGCAAGGCUACUGACAACGAUCCAUUCCUUGACCCCCUAGCAAACCCCAACAUCAAAGUGAAUGAAAAAGAAAUAAUUGUUGGCAACAACUGAUCAGUGGGGAAGAUGCUAUGUGGUCACACGAAGUCAUGUUGGACACUCUCACGCUGAGCCAUGUUGGACACUCUCACGCUGGGCAAUGUGGGAUACUCUCACGCUGAGCCAUGUCGGACACUGUCACACUGAGCCAUGUUGGCCACUGUCACACUGAUCCAUGUUGGCCACUGUCACGCUGAGCCAUGUUGGCCACUGUCACACUGAGCCAUGUUGGACACUGUCACACUGAGCCAUGUUGGCCACUGUCACACUGAGCCAUGUUGGACACUGUCACACUGAGCCAUGUUGGCUACUGUCACACUGUAUGCUGUCAUGGCAGGGAGAGACAGUGCAAGUACCCUGUGAUUGUAUAUAUAUACACCAUGUUUAUUGUCAGACUACAUAUUCCUAGAUAUGUAACGGGGGAUGAAGUACUUUGAGUGACCUGAUAUGAUGCCUGGGGGACCAAUGUUGGUAUUGAGGGGUAUUUAAUGAUAUAUUUCAUUUCUGAUGACAGAUUAUUACGCCUUCAUUCUCACAUUUUGUCGUUGAUGAUGUGUAGAUUCAUGUAUAGUUGUAAAUAUUUCAGUGUUCUGUAUCAUGGCUGAGCCUCUGUGGAACAAAGACAGAAUCUGUCACUAUGUACACUAGCCAUGAAUGUUUGGGAUUUUCAAAGGUAAACAUGGUUCUUUCCAUAAGCAGGCACACCAGGACAGAAUAUGCUCUGCUGCUCUUCGUAGCUCAACAAUAUACGCAUUAUUGUAAUCCAUGGUGCUUUCACUCCAUGACAUCAAGAGAUGUAAUGCUGAGUCAGGAUUAUUACUAUUGGAGAGCAGCUAUGCCAGAUGCACACAGAUUUUGAAUAAUAUAUCUUGAUCUAAUUUGGAAUGAGAAUGUCCAGGUAAAAUGAAUUAUUUAAUCAACAUAUUAGAAUGUAUACAGUUGACUAACUAUUUAGUGCAUUCCAUGCUUUUGGUUUAUGAUAUGAAAAUAUUGUGUCUUCAGAUGGACAGUGCAGCAUCUCCCACCAUCAACACACAGUUGUUAUACUGGUUGCUACGGUGUUGCUACAGGUAUUGUUACACUCAUGGUCGAGUGGUUUAUCAAAAGUCACAACUGAUCAUGUCUACGUGGGGUGGUGAAAGUUUCAGGUGUUAACUGGAUUAGACAAAUUGUAGGACUGUACAGACUGUAAAACCCGGCUGUCCCAGACACCAUGGCUGGACAUGUUCCUUUGGUGUACCGCCAUGUUGGGCUUGUUUGUCAGAGUUUUUGUUAUAUUUCACAACUUCAGAGUCAGAUUUCAUCUGCAGUGCAAUGUGUACACAAAUUUGUUAUUUUAACCAGUCAUUACUGUUACCAUGGUUUCAGCAAGAAUAGUCUCUUCUGAUUCUGUUUAUUAGUUCUUGGAGAAUUGCCUGUAGAAGUAUUGUGUUGUGAGUCUGUUGUACUAGAUGUUGUGGUGUCAGUGUGUAAUGCUUACAGGGAUGAGUGAUGUGGGUUCAUGCUGGGGUGAUGCUGCACUUCUGUUUACAUAUGCAUAAUAUGUAUUAAUAAAGACUGUUACCUGACCUGUUUAUACAUCACAGUUUAUAAAUCAACAGCUGCUCCAUAUGGCUGAGAGUAGUGAAGGUUUCCCUGUGGUCAAAUCUCAACAGAGACAGGCUAUAUGAAGAAGAAACAGUAUUUAGUGAGGGUUUUUCUGAGUCAAGUUCACCCACAUGUCUAACCUGUGAGGUUACUGGAGAGUACUGUACAGUGAGUAGCGCCGUGUCACAUGUAUGGAGUCUUCUUCAUGGUGCCACCAGGUUAUGUGGACUUCCGGGAAACCUGGGAAAUCUGAGCAAGAUCCAAAAUGUUAAAAAUGAAGGGAGAACUCGGCAAUUCUGUCUUUUUUAAAGGUUAUCAGAAGAAUGAUGUGAGUGAACUUGAAGCACUAACAUUUUACUUGAUUUGAUUUAGUCAUGGCAGUGUAUAUUCAAUGAUAUAUUUAAAUACUCUUUGAUAAUAACUGUUUCUUCUGUAUAUUAUGUAAAUAAAAACUGGAGAAAUAAUCA